AAAAAGCGACAAGGACUCGCCGCCGGUUGGUGAUAUAAGUGGCGGGGAGCAGCCCCGGACCGGCCGUGAGUACAAGAGGAAGAGAGAAUUAAUACUGCUACGCCAACUAGUAGCAGCUCAAGAGUCGAUUGAUUACGGUACGUGCGUCGAGGUCGAUCGAUCCAUAGGAAGGAAGGAAGGAUAGGAAGGAUAGGAUGCAGGGUGAGGUGGAGCAGCAGGCGCCGAUGCAGAUGGUGCUGCGGGUGAAGCACCCGUCGUCGCUGUCCAGCGGCAGCGAUGAGGCGGCGGAAGGGGAGGGGUCGUCCAGGUCGGCGCUCUCCGUGUUCAAGGCCAAGGAGGAGCAGAUCGAGAGGAAGAAGAUGGAGGUCAGGGACAAGGUGUUCGCGCAGCUCGGACGCGUCGAGGAGGAGUCCAAGCGCCUAGCAUUCAUAAGACAGGAGCUGGAAGGGAUGGCCGAUCCUACCAGGAAGGAGGUGGAAUCAAUACAGCGGCGGAUCGACACCGUCAACCGCCAGCUCAAGCCCCUCAGCAAGAGCUGCGUCAAGAAGGAGAAAGAAUACAAAGAGGUUCUCGAGGCGUACAACGAGAAGAGCAAGGAGAAGGGCAUACUUGUCAACAGGCUAAUAGAGCUGGUGAGCGAAAGCGAGAGGAUGAGGAUGAAGAAGCUUGAAGAGCUCAACAAGACGGUCGAUUCACUGUAUUAGACGUAAUAAUAAUAAUGUUAAUUACCCCCGAUCGAGAGCUUAAUUUUGCUGUGCAAUCUCCGUCGUCCGUCCCAUGGAUUUGAAUGUAUGUGAUCUGUACGUGUCAGCUUGUAACUGCCCAUGUCGUGAGCGAUUCUUCUUUAA